AUUGCAGUAUCAGACGAAUCUCCAUAUACUUGAGUUUGCUACACAAAACAUUGGGGGAUCGGCAUUUUUAUGAAGAUGACUGACAGGAAAUCGGUAUGAAUUGUUGAGAAUUGUCGACGAAACAACAACACUCGAAUUAGUCUCGUGUAUCAAUUAACAAUCGCUUACGGCGGAAUAUAAAUAAAACCGCAGCUCUCUAGCUAUCUGGUGAGCAGAGGAUUUGGGGAAGUCAUUUUAACGCUCCUGCGAGCUCGCAGUUAUCUCACAUGUACUGAGAAUGGCCGUGCACGGGCCCGCUGUAUAUAAAUUUCUAGUGUUGCUUUUAGUUUCUCGAGAAUUAAAUGCACUGACCCUCUUAGAAGGAGUUGGAAAUGGACGUAAAGGAAUCCCGGAGGAUGCGUUAACUUUUGAGGAACUUUUACAGCCGAUUAAAGGCCAGAAGCAGAGCCAGACAGAAACGGGGAAGAAUGCGAAACCAUCGAAGAUUGACAAAGUUAUUAGUUUGCUGGAAAGCUUGCAGUCACAAGUUGAUGAACUAAAAGCGAGCGUAGAGAGUGUCCAAAGAAUGCAGGAGGUCUUGAAUGAAACAAGAAAAGAAUGCCAUCUGCAAGAUCAAGACUACACUCACAGCUUUGACAUCACAAACUGCGGUAAUAAAACUUCAAAUGAAGGAAGGUACUUUAUCGCUGAUGCAACAUUUGGCACAUGGGAUGAUCAUGCAUUUUGUAGGGUUUUUUCUACAAAAAAGAUACCACAGUUGAAUUACGCAGUAACAGCAGAACUGUAUAAUGUAAUUGGCUAUCACAGUGUUGACUAUGGGUUUCCUGGAAUCGCCUACAACAUUGAAAACAACCAGAAUUUUGAUUUUGUUUUUCUCCGGCUUCAUCGAAGAAACUCUUGCUUCCAAACUGGCUACGUGCAAAACAAUAGAAUUCAAUGGAUUGGCACCAACAAUGGACCGUGUCCAAACGGUCCUCCGAAGGGCCGAACAUGGUUCAAACUUCAGGUCUACGUUCGCGAGGGCGAGGCUCAGUUAUUCCUAAAUGACAUUCAAGUUAGUGUAAUCAAGCCACACUUUCCACCAAUCGGACGAGGGGGCGUGAUUGUUGCAGCUGGCCAGCAAAAUGUUGUACGGUUUAAGAACUUCAACAUCUCUGCGAUUAAGCCGUAUCCAUUUGGAAUAUACAACUGUAGAUCCUACUAUAGAAUAAGCGACGAGUAUUAUCGACUGGACGCUAAAGACGGCACUUGGCCUGACAGUGGGUUUUGCAAAGCUAUUCGAGAAGAGUCUAUAUCAAGUAACAGUUACGCUAUUUCUGCUAGUCUUUUUAAUCAGCGAGGAUUCACAGGGACACCGCAGACAGGGUACCUGGGGUUGCUCUUCAAUGCACAAGACCAAUACAACUUCGACUUUGUCUACUUCAGGCCAGGUUCUUUUGGUGGUUGCUACAACACAGGCUUUGUUCAAAAUACAAAUAUUAACUGGGUCAAUGCCAAAAUAGGUGCCUGUCCUGGUGGGCAGUUCAAAGGAGCGGUUUGGAACAACGUCACUGUUUAUGUCAGAGGUGAUGACGUCAGCGUGGAGCUUGAUGGGAAACAUCUAGUGUCAACAAAAGCACACUUUCCUACUCGAGCAGUUGGAGGUGUAAUACUUGGCAAUGGUGUAGAUGGCGUGGCAUCCUUCAAAUAUUACAAGGUAACGCCAAUCGAACCAAGAAAAUUUGACAUUUACGACUGUACUAGGUUCACUAGAAGCACGAAUAAAUAUCACAUUCUUGAUGCCAAACAUGGUGGCUUCCCACAAGACUCAUUCUGCAGAGCUAUUAGCAAAGUAAUAAUCCCUGGAAACAACUAUUACAUUUCUGCUGAAAUGUUCAUGCAAGGAUGGAGGAACGCAGAGUCAGGCAGAAGCUUUAUUGGACUUGCUUUCAACGCAAAAGACAGCUCAAAUUACGAUUUUGUAUACGUUAGGCCAAAGAAGAAUGGGUUCUGCUUUAGAAUGGGAUACGUCAUGAAUGGUAUUGUGCAGUAUUCCAGUUUAUUAGAAGGGAAAUGCCCAGGUGGUCCUCCACAAAAGGGAGUUUGGUUCAAAAUGUCAGUUGCGGUUCGUGAAUCCUCAGCAAUCAUAUCGCUUGAUGGAAGGCAUCUCAUCACAGCCAGUCCUCAUUUCCAUACCUUCGCUAGAGGAGGUGUUCUUGUUUCUAAUGGUGACAGAAAUGUAUUGACCUUCCGCAAGUACGAAUCCCAUGCAAUCAAACCUUUCGAGUUUAUAUUUUCACGAUGUGGAAGAAAAACUCAUCAAAAUAAUGGAAGCUUCAUCAUAGACGGAAUGUACCCGAACUGGCCACUGAAUGGGUUCUGCAGCGCAAUGUGGCGCCCAACUUUAAGAACAUUGGCUAAGCAGUAUUUCGUUCAAGCAAAGCUGAACAAUGUCGAGAGUUGGCUGGGAAGCGAUUGGGGAAAUCUUGGGUUGAUGUUUAACGCUCUAGAUGAGAAUAAUUUUGAAUUCGUUUAUAUAAGGCUUCAUGACAAGCAAAACUGCUACCAGUUUGGCUCUGUAUUCAAUGGACAAGUACGAGAACGAAAAACCAACUCGGGCUCUUGUGGCGGAAGGAGGCCGAAGAAAGACACCUGGUUUCUUCUGCGCGUGCAAGUGAAUUCCAAAAACGAGGCGUCGCUGUUUGUUAAUAAUCUGGAAAUCGGCAGAUAUACCGCAGCUAUUCCUUGGCAUCCACGUGGCGGUGUUGUUGUUGCAAAUGGACAUAAAAAUGUCAUCAUGUUCAGGGAGUUUAAAACCUUUUCAAAAGGUUAAUUCUUGAUUUGAGUUAUACUAGUAAAUAAUUUGUUUGUCAUUUCAAGCAGUAUUCAGUUACAACCUAAAAUUAGUGACAAUUAUAGAUAAUUUAAACCGCACUGUCUGUUUUUAUUUGUCAGAACGCUAGCUGUAAUUGGUUUGAAACUAAAAUUCGAAUUCAGAUAGUUUUGUUGUUGAGAAUUUUCAAAAUAACACAAACUGCUAGGAACAAGGUUUGCAACUGAAAUGAUGUUACGAAAGGAGAUUAGAACUUUUGAUAAUUGCAUUUCUCAGAAUCGACCGGUAACAAGAUUUUAUGUAUUCUAAAAAACAUUGCAUUAAAUCAAAUCUCGUCGUCUUCAUAAGUUGUAUGGUAGUUCGCUACUAGACCACUAUGGACUAAAAUGCCUUAGCCUUCUCGUGGUUUUGGCUGCUACCCAGCGGCAGAAGCCUCCGUUGCUCUGCCAACUGCUUAUCAAUGUAACUCCCAUUCAAAAUUUAUCCAAGCCCUUCUCUCAAAUCGUCUUUCUUUCCUCGCUGAAAAUGAUUCUUUUUCUGUCUUGGCAUUUCUAAAGAUAACAUAACAGAAACAAAAAACCCAAAUUUGAAAUCCGUAUGGAAAAUGCAAAAUGUAUCUAUGAUGAUACAUUCUCCCAGUAUAUUUGUCUUGCCAGUAAAACUUCUCAACAUACCUUCUCAAGGUGUGUCAUUGUAUUGCCAGGAAGACAUGGUCACAGAAUAGGAAAUAGGCAGAAGGGUAACUCUCGUCGGUUCCUUUGUUGUUUUUGAAGCCUGAGUCAACAAUAGAAUUCCUUAAUUCCCCUUUAACCUCGAUUCCAUUAGACGAACUUAGCCAUGACAAAUCAUCAUUCAUUAAUCAGAUAUAAACGAAUUAACAUAAUUGAAUUUGUUCAUUAUCAUGGGGCAUUUCGUCUCGUAUAAAGUUGUCUACUUUCAUUCUUUUUUUAAAAUUUCCCCGACAGAUACAUGCUAAGCCUCGUAUAAAUUAACGCAUGCGCAAGUUUUUUCAGGCUUCGCCCGAUAGGCAGGAGUUCCCUUUCUGCCUAAUUCCUAUUCUGUGAUAUGGUGCAAUUUAUUGGUGUUAAUUUCUGCUCCAAAAUGGUUUAAUAGAACUUCAGUUACGACAUUAUGUCUGCAAAUAAUUUGAAAAUAUGGAAUAAGAUGCAAUGAAUCUUUUCUCUGAUUGUAUGAACAAUCUGUCAGUUUUCGAUAUUUUUAGCAAAGAUUCCAAAAAGCAGAGAUAUUCAUUAUCACAGAAUCGCUUGUCAUAACUCAAUGCCAUCUUAAUUUCUUGCACCUCUUGAACAUCGUUACGAAGCAGUAGAUAUGCACUGGCACGUCACAUUAUCACGCUAUCUGGCUGAGAUUUGUUAGUGUAAAAUUCACUAGAUUUAAUUUCUCUAGUAGUUUCUUAGAUAUGGGGCAGAACGAUAGUCGACAUCCUGCCUUUUGCAGGUUGCAUAUUGUAUACUAAUAAGAGUUGGUUUUGACUUUUUAUUACUUGUAAAUUUAUAUGGUUAUUGAAUUAAAAUAACUCCGUGUAUAA